UCUUAUAAAAACCAGUAGAAAUGUAUGUUACAAGGCGUUUGUCAGAGUACCAGAGAAAUCCAGCAGAGCUAACACAGCCUCCUCCUGAUGGACCAAACUCUGGAAUUUUGGUAAUCCAAGACCAACACUCACAAACACAUCCAUGCUGCUUCGGCUUGUGUUUGGUCGUCGACUCUUUUCUAAGUGGUUUGCCCUUGCCGCAAAAUCUUAAGCUCGCAGCCAGAUUCAAUGCUGGAGAAGAUGACGCUACUUGUGACCCAGUUCUGUUCAUUCCGGUUCUCGGUAAGCCUCUAUCUUCAAACUGUUACUACGCUAUCAAACGAGGGGGCAAGCAUUCAGGCGAAGCGCCUGCUAGUGGGAAAGAGGAAGACAGAGUCCCCUGCUGCUUUUGUAGUUAUGUUCCUGAAGGCAAACCAAAACAGCUAGAUCCUUAUGACAUGUACCAACAGUUCAUGAUCCAUCAAAAGAAACCAUCCUCGCGCUAUUACUACGCGACAUCUGUUGCGCCUGACGGAGUCCCACCAUGGUUCCUUAAGAAAAAUAAGUGGACAGUUGAAUACUCGAGGUUCCAAGACUUUGAACUUAGAGAUGAUGCAAAAGGACUAAACACAGAGCUUCGUACCGAGCUUCUUGGUCUUGGUAUGAGUGUUGUGGUUGGGAAGUGGUACGUCCCUUUUAUAUUCGUUAAGGAAAGAGACGUAGAGGAUCAGAUCAAGAGAUCGAUGUAUUACAGCAUGACUCUUGAACAAAGAUGGGAAGAAGUUUUCUCUUAUGAGAACGAUAAAAGCGAAAACCGUGAUGUUGUAGUUGAUGUAGAGUUAGAUACUGAAGUUGUUAAGGUUGAUGGACAAGAGAUUGCAAGAGGUGUUGAAGCAAAUGGGUUUGUUUGGUUUGGGGUUGGAGAACAAAAGAUCGGUUUAGGAUCAGUUGUUGUUGAGAGGAUGAAAUGGGAAGAAGAGAGAUUCGGGUGGACAGGCAAAGGCGACCAGGAGCGAUCAAUGACAGUUGAGAGAGUGGAGAAAUCAACAUAUGGUAGCUUUUGGAAGAGUUAUCAUUGUUAUGUUCUGAUAGAGAGCUUUGUCUUGAAGAGAAUGGAUAAGAGUUUGGUCUUAACAUAUGAGUUUACACAUGUAGAUAAGCUCAAAACCAAAUGGGAUUAAGCUUAUCACGCAACGAAUCUGCAA